GCAUUUCACUGUAAUAAAGUCAUUCCCGGCUGCCUCCGCCUCCCCUCCUGGCAUUUCAGCCUGGAGGCUGCAGAGCCUCUGUACAUAUUUUCUUAGGCUUCUUCUUUGAAAACUGCUGCUGUUUCAAAAGUCCUGGCAGCAAUGCUCCGGGUAAUUGUGGAAUCGGCUGCAAACAUCCCUAAACAUAAAUUUGGGAAACCAGAUCCGAUUGUGUCAGUUAUUUUUAAAGAUGAAAAGAAGAAAACAAAGAAAAUUGACAGCGAACUCAAUCCUGUUUGGAAUGAGAUUCUCGAGUUUGAUUUGAAAGGAAUACCACUGGACAUUUCAUCAUCCCUGCAGAUUAUUGUGAAAGAUUUUGAAACAAUUGGGCAAAACAAGUUAAUUGGCACAGCAUCAGUCGCGCUCAAGGAACUGGUAGGCCUGCAAAGCAGAUCCCUUCCAUUCAAGCAGAUUCCCCUUCUAAAUGAAAGAGGACUGGAAACCGGAGCAACAAUUGAUUUGGUGGUAGGAUAUGAGCCACCUGCUGGGCCUCCAAAUCCAAAUGACCCAGGGGGGACUGAUAUGGAAGGCACUGAAGAAGGAGAAGAAGGUGAUGAAGAUGAGAAUUCUCCUGAUGGCGGAGCUGGUGGAGCUGGUGUCCCAACAACUGGUCCAGUUGGCACACGUGAAACUCAGCUUGCCCGGCGUAUUACUAAAGGAAAGAAAAAACAGAGGGUGCUUUCUAACAAACCUCAAGACUUCCAGAUUCGUGUUAGAGUCAUUGAAGGCCGUCAGUUGAGUGGGAAUAACAUAAAGCCUGUUGUGAAAGUACAUGUUUGUGGCCAAACACACAGAACAAGAAUCAAAAAAGGGAACAAUCCUUUCUUUGAUGAGAUUUUUUUCUACAAUGUCAAUAUGACCCCUUCAGAUCUCUUUGAUGAAACAAUAAGCAUUCGGGUGUAUGACUCAUAUUCUUUACGUGCUGACAGUCUGAUGGGGGAAUUUAAGAUUGACAUUGGCUAUGUUUAUGACGAACCUGGCCAUGCAGUCAUGAGAAAAUGGCUGCUUUUAAAUGACCCCGAAGAUGCCAAUUCAAGUCCUAAAGGGUACUUGAAAGUCAGUAUGUUCGUUCUUGGAACAGGAGAUGAACCACCAGCGGAAAAUAGAGAACGGGAUAAUGAAAACGACGAUGUGGAAAGUAACCUGUUGCUACCAGCUGGGAUAGUCCUCCGAUGGGUCACUUUCAUUCUUAAGAUCUACAGAGCAGAAGAUAUUCCUCAGAUGGAUGAUGCUUUUUCCCAGAGAGUCAAGGAAAUAUUUGGAGGAGAAGCAGACAAGAAAAACCUAGUGGACCCAUUUGUGGAAGUUUGCUUUGCUGGGAGAAAGGUUCGCACAAAAAUAAUUGAAAAAAAUGCUAAUCCGGAGUGGAAUCAACUUGUCAAUCUCCAGAUCAAGUUCCCUUCAAUGUGUGAAAAAAUAAGGCUGACGGUGUAUGACUGGGAUCGGCUUACAAGAAAUGAUGUUGUGGGCACCACGUAUUUAAGCCUCUCUAAAAUUGCUGCUUCUGGUGGAGAAGUUGAAGAGCUUUCAUCUUCGGGCGCUGGGGCUUCACCAUAUGAAGUAAAUACUGGAGAGACAGAAGUGGGCUUCUUACCAACAUUUGGGCCCUGUUACCUCAACCUUUACGGAAGUCCAAGAGAAUUCACCGGAUUCCCAGAUCCAUAUGAUGAGCUGAAUUCUGGAAAGGUUAGUUUGUCUUUUAAAAUAUAUUUCAAGCAUCUGAAAUAUCAGCGCAGAAGGCAAUUCAGCCUCUGUGCUGUGUUCCAUUCUGCCACCAUGUUGCAAGAUAUCGGAGAGGCUGUCCAGUUCGAAGUUAGUAUUGGAAAUUACGGCAAUAAAUUUGAUACCACCUGUAAGCCUCUGGCAUCAACAACUCAGUACAGCCGUGCUGUCUUUGAUGGAAAUUACUAUUACUACCUGCCUUGGUCAAACACAAAGCCAGUGGUUACGUUGACUUCAUAUUGGGAGGAUAUAAGUCACAGGCUGGACCCUUUAAACCUUAUUCUUGCUAUAGUAGAAAAAUUGCAAUCUAACAUCACAGCUUUGAAAUCGGGAAUACAAGCAAAGAAGACAGAAAACCAGUUGGUUGAGAUAUGGCUAAAGCUAAUUGAUGAACUUAUGGAGGACUUGAGUAAAGAAUUUCCUCACCUGGAAGGCAGGCACAAUGUCACAGUUCUUGACACACAGAUCCGCAAACUGCGGCUCAAAUCACUCAUGCAGAUUCAGGAGGCAGCAGCCAAGAUGAGGAAUGAAGCCAUGGAUGUGAAGGCCACCAUGACAGAAAUUGAAGAUUGGUUGGAUAAAUUAAUACAACUAUCGGAAGAGCCUCAAAAUAGCAUGCCUGAUGUGAUCAUCUGGAUGAUUCGGGGAGAGACACGGCUUGCCUAUGCACGCGUUCCUGCUCAUGAGGUUUUAUAUUCCACCACCUGUGCUGGAGGUUCGGGAAAAUAUUGUGGAAAAACACAAACCAUCUUUUUAAAGUACCCACAGGACAAGAACAAUGGGAACAAAAUCCCUGUACAGUUGCGAGUUAACUUUUGGCUUGGCUUAAGUGCAGUGGAAAAGAAGUUUAAUAGUUUUGCAGAAGGGACUUUCAGUGUUUUUGCUGAAAUGUAUGAGAAUCAGGCACUGAUGUUUGGGAAAUGGGGGACUUCAGGACUCGUUGGCCGCCACAAGUUUUCUGAUGUCACCGGGAAAAUUAAAUUAAAAAGAGAGUACUUUUUGCCUCCCAAAGGAUGGGAGUGGGAAGGCGAGUGGUUUGUUGAUCCUGAAAGAAGUUUGUUGACAGAAGCCGAUGCUGGUCAUACUGAGUUUGCAGAUGAAGUGUAUCAAAAUGAGAGCCGCUAUCCUGGAGGAGAAUGGAAAGCAGCCGAAGAUGAAUAUACAGAUGUGAACGGAGAAAAAGCAGCACCUGUAAGUGAAAUCACCUGCCCUCCUGGCUGGAUUUGGGACGAUGAUGCUUGGAUAUAUGACAUCAAUCGAGCAGUGGAUGAGAAUGGUUGGGAAUAUGGAAUUACCAUUCCUCCAGACAGUAAGCCAAAGUCAUGGGGUGCAGCAGAGAAAAUGUAUCAUACACAUAGAAGAAGGAGACUGAUUCGUAAACGGAGAAAAGAUCCAAACCAAACAGUUUCAUCAAGGGGAACUCCAUCUUACGAAGAUCGAGAAGGAUGGGAAUUUGCAUCUUUAAUUGGGUGGCAGUUUCACUGGAAGCAACGUAGUUCUGAUACUUUCCGCCGCAGGCGUUGGAGGAGAAAAAUGGCUCCUGCUGACACACAUGGUGCAGCAGCCAUCUUUAAGCUGGAAGGUGCUCUUGGAGCAGAUACAAGCACUGACGAUGGAGACAAGACCUCUGAGAAGGGAAAAGAUUCAGCAACGCAUGUAUUUGGUGCAAAUACUCCAAUAGUCUCUUGCUACUUUGAUCGAGUCUACACCUACCAUCUUCGGUGUUAUAUCUAUCAAGCCAGAAAUCUUUUGGCUUUGGACAAAGACAGCUUUUCAGAUCCAUACGCUUAUGUUUCAUUCCUCCACCGAAGUAAAACAACUGAAGUCAUCCACUCAACACUGAACCCAACAUGGGAUCAAACUGUAAUAUUUGAUGAGAUUGAAAUCUAUGGAGACCCCCAAACAGUAGCUCUAAAUCCUCCUCAUGUCGUUGUUGAACUCUUUGACAGUGACCAAGUGGGGAAAGAUGAAUUCCUUGGAAAGACUUCUUGCUCUCCUAUGGUGAAACUCAACCCAGAUACUGACAUCAGUCCUAAGCUUCUCUGGUAUCCAGUUAUAAAUGGGGGCAAGACUUGUGGAGAUGUCCUUUUAGCUGCUGAGCUUAUCCUGAGUGAAAAGGGCAGCACCAACCUUCCAAUUCUUCCCUCACAAAGAGCACCAAAUCUUUAUAUGGUGCCACAAGGAAUCAGGCCUGUGGUUCAGCUGACUGCUGUUGAGAUCCUUGCCUGGGGCUUGCGCAACAUGAAAAAUUAUCAAAUGGCUUCUGUUACUUCCCCUAGUCUCAUUGUAGAGUGUGGAGGUGAAAUGGUGGAAUCGGUAGUGAUCAAAAACCUGAAGAAGACACCAAAUUUCCCUGGAUCUGUCCUCUUCAUGAAAGUGCUAAUGCCCAAAGAGGAAUUGUAUGCUCCGUCGCUAGUCCUUAAAGUGAUAGACCACAGGCAAUUUGGCCGUAAACCUAUCGUGGGACAAUGUACCAUUGAUGUACUGGAGCAUUUCCGUUGUGAUCCGUAUGCUACCAAAGAAGAUGUUGCACCACAGAUGAAAGUUAGUCUCUUAUCAGCUGCACCACGGCGGGAUGUGAUAAUUGAAGUGGAAGACUCACAGCCCUUAUUAACAUCACAGCUCACAGAAAAGGAAGAAGAAAUAGUGGAUUGGUGGAGCAAGUUUUAUGCUUCAAUAGGUGAACAUGAAAAAUGUGGUCAAUACCUUCAGAAGGGAUAUGAUACACUAAAGGUAUACAACUGUGAACUGGAGGAUGUGCCAGAGUUUAAGGGUUUGACAGAUUUUUGUGAUACAUUCAAGCUGUAUCGGGGCAAAUCCGAAGAAAAUGAUGACCCUACAGUUGUAGGAGAAUUUAAGGGUUCCUUUCGAAUCUACGCAUUACCAGAUGACCCUACUGUGCCAUCUCCUCCCCGCCAGUUCCGUGAGCUGCCGGACAGUGGACCCCAGGAGUGUCUUGUACGGAUAUACAUUGCCCGGGCCUUAGACCUCCAACCUCAAGACAACAAUGGUUUGUGUGAUCCUUACAUUAAAAUCACCUUAGGCAAAAAAGUUGUUGAAGACAGAGAUCAUUAUGUUCCCAACACACUGAAUCCAGUUUUUGGCAGGAUGUAUGAACUGAGCUGCUUCUUGCCUCAAGAGAAGGAUUUGAAAAUUUCUGUAUAUGAUUAUGAUAUGCUGACAAGAGACGAAAAAGUUGGGGAAACCAAAAUUGAUCUGGAAAACAGAUUCCUCUCCCGUUUUGGACCGCACUGUGGAAUACCCCAGCAGUACUGCGUUUCAGGCAUUAAUACAUGGCGAGAUCAGUUGAAACCAACACAACUCCUACAAAAUUUAGCCAGGAUUAAAGGCUGUCGCCCUCCAGUCCUCUCUGACAGUGGAAAUAGAAUUAGUUUUGGAGGAAGAGACUACACGUUGGAAGAAUUUGAGGCAAACAAAAAAUUGCACGAGCACCUUGGUCCUGCUGAAGAAAGACUUGCCCUUUACAUACUAAGGACCCAGGGCCUGGUGCCAGAGCAUGUAGAGACGAGAACGCUUUACAGUACCUUCCAGCCAAACAUCUCACAAGGAAAACUGCAGAUGUGGGUGGAUGUUUUCCCCAAAAGCCUGGGUCCACCCGGUCCACCUUUCAACAUCACUCCUCGCAAGGCUAAAAAGUAUGAACUGCGAGUGGUAGUUUGGAACACCAAGGAUGUUAUCCUGGAUGAGAAAAGCAUCACAGGGGAAGAAAUGAGUGACAUCUAUGUGAAAGGGUGGAUGCCAGGUUAUGAAGAAAACAAGCAGAAAACAGACGUGCAUUACAGGUCCCUAGAUGGGGAUGGGAACUUCAACUGGAGACUUAUUUUCCCUUUUGAGUAUUUUCCAGCUGAACAGCUCUGUACAGUUUCAAAAAAGGAACACUUCUGGAGUCUUGACAAUACUGAAUUCAGAAUUCCACCCAAGUUGAUUAUUCAGAUAUGGGACAAUGAUAAGUUUUCCUUGGAUGACUAUCUAGGUUUUGUAGAGCUUGAUUUGCUCAAUACAAUUGUGCCAGCAAAGGUUCCGGACAAGUGCACUUUAGAUAUGAUUCCAGAAUACAAGCCAAUGAACUCCCUGAAAGCUCCCAAGACUGCGUCACUCUUUGAACAGAAAUCCAUGAAGGGAUGGUGGCCAUGCUACGUGGAACAAGAUGGCUCCCGGGUUUUGGCUGGUAAAGUUGAAAUGACACUGGAAGUACUUGCUGAAAAAGACAUUGAUGAGCGACCAGCCGGUAAAGGAAGAGAUGAACCAAACAUGAAUCCCAAGUUAGACAUGCCGAACCGACCAGAAACAUCCUUCCUCUGGUUCACAAAUCCAUGCAAGACCAUGAAAUUCAUUGUGUGGCGCAGAUUUAAGUGGGUCUUCAUUGGAAUCAUCAUCUUGCUGAUUGUGCUUUUAUUUGUAGCAAUUCUUCUAUAUUCAUUGCCGAACUACCUGUCUAUGAAGAUUGUGAAUCCAUUUUCACCUCGUUAAGGGAAACAAACAUCCUUUGUCUGGCAAUAAGGACGGCAGCCUCCACUUGUGGACCAAAUAAAUAUAUUGACCAAAACAAGCAGCACACUUAUCAUGCCAGUCUUCCAGUUCUUGUCUUGGGAAGGAUGCAGUGGUUUCCUCCCUAUCCCUAUAUUCUCCCAAGGCCAUUUCACACAGCCCUAUAUCCCAGAAUAUCAAAACAGAAAAUCGCACAAUAUCUGCUUUGAACUGGGUUAUCUGAGUCCACACUCAGAUAACGUGAAAUUUUCUGCCUUGAUAUUCAAGGAUAUGGGGAUGUGGGGAAAGGCCCUCAGUUCUGUUGAGAUGUGCUCCAGAUUUUCAGGUGGGACAGACUGCUGGAAGGAAACCCUUCUUGGUUCUGCUGAAAAAACUACUUUUAUCCAUAGAAUGACUCCUCUAGACCCUUAUUCUUUUGUUUCAAACCUGCUUCUAAGAUUUUAGCUGCUAUUUAAGAAUGAUUGGGUAAUGACAGCUGCAAGAGCCAAUGUUCUUCUGUAUUUUUACUUUUAUAGCAUUAUUAGCAUAAGAAAAUGGUAUGUCUCUGAGUUUCUUUUUCAAAUGUUAUUUCAGAAAAAAAUCUUUCAACUUUCCCUUGCUCCUUAGGGCCCUUCCCAACACUCAUAUAACCCCAAAUAUAAAGGCAGAAACUCCCACAAUAUCUGCUUUGAACUGGGCUAUCUGAGUCCACACUGCCAUAUAAUCCAGAAAUUUUAUUCAGCUAUGUGUAAGGGACCUUAGAGGCACCAUUCUGUUAAUACAGGAAUCAUGUCCAUGUUUAUUCACUGGGUUUACUGGGAUUUAGAUAAGUGUUUAUAGGAUUGCAACCUUAAAAGUAUUCUACUUCUUGAUCUCAAAUUGUUACUUCUGUUUUUUACAAAAUAAGGCAUAGUGCAAUUUCUUUUUAAAACACUGUACCC